AUGUCCUUAUACUGAAAUAGUCAUUUUGCCUAUAGAUUCUUUUAAUUUUUAAAACUAGACAAAAUAAGCAAAGGCUACAAGUAAAAUUUUCAAUAGGCAAUGUACUUUGGCAGAGGUUCAAACAACAUCACUUGCAGGACUGCAGAAAUUUACACCCAUAACAGGCUCACCCCAUCCAAAACUCUUGCAGAAGCCAAGAUUCAGCAUUUGAAGUUUUAUAGAGACGCUUGCAGAAGAAUGCCAUACAUCCUGAAAAAUUCAUCCAUUACUAACCAAAUCCACCCAACCCAGGCCAAGCUAAACUUAGCUACUUUCCUGAGACAGUCUCUAUUUGCAAGGAAUCCUAGAGUUAUUGAUUCUUUGACGAUCAGAGGAUAUGACUGGCUUCAUUCUUCUAUUUGGUGUUAUAAUCACCAUCAUAACUUUGUCCACAUGAUUAUGAACCCUAAAAUAGACGACAGAGGGUACAAUUACUUAGAUGACGUUAGAUAUGCCAAUUCCAGCUCUUUCUUGAAGGACUUCUAUAGCGGAAAAGGCGAAGCUAAUUAUUAA